AUGUCUGCUAAUGGUGGUGCAGCCAAGAAAAUGCGGGGAGCUGUACUAUGUUCGAGCUUCGGGCUGCUUGUUGCAACAACGGGAACAUCGGUGGCAGUUGCAUUUACUACGAAGCAGUGCCCGGAAACGUUGUACCGGGCGUCGCUGAUCGUGGUGACCGCCACGACCGCGGUAUGCGCGGCGUCCCACGCGACCGCGCGUGUCAAAGCGCAGCCGAAGAUGUUGGUGCCGUUGGCGACGAUUCCGUGCGUGGGAAUGGUCGGGGCGGCGAUGUGGUACGUCAUGCAGCUAGCGUGGCACAGAACCGCAGUGCUCGACAGCACAGCAAUGGGCGUUGGAGGCCUCAUAGUCACGCACCUGGCUCUCUUGAUCGCCUCGGUCUUCUGCAGUGGCUUCGCAGCGGGUAUUGUGAUGCUGGCCGGCGCUCCCACGGAGGAAACGCCCGAGUGCGAAGGACACGCUCUCGGAAAGAGAAACGCAGCACCCUAUGGAAAUAACAGGCAACCUCUGGAUAGCACUGCUGCGGAAGUCAGCCAGAGAUCGAUGAGCACACUGAUACCCGAGGUGGACGACAUCUGGGAGUACUCGAGCAAAAACUGGAUGAAUGAUUACGACACAAAUUACCCGAUUUGCGAAAAGGGAGCCACUCCAGACAUUCCCAGGCCUGUGUUUCGUCCGGCGUGUGCAACUCGCAGAUAUAGAAGCAUAUCAGGCUCCUCGAUUGUCCAAAAGAGUUCUGCGGGGCCGCACGGUACUGCAUGCUCCAAAAAGGGCAUUUUUGAUUUGCUGCAGAACAAGAUCUUGAAGAAGGUUUCGCCUGCCCAUAUGGAUGAUCUGCCAAGACAUGAAGAACAAUACCUUGAAGCACGCUACGUGACUCGUCUAUCUAAUGGUUGCGAUGUUUCAAGUAGUGCAUUAAAGGCGCCAGACUAUCUGGUAAGCCCUACAUUCCCUACUGCAUCAGCAGGCCGACUAAUCUUAAUGAACACGCAUGAUGACGAUAACCAAGAUAUUAGCGAUAAUAGCAUUAUGGCGAAUAGUUUACGAAAAGACCACAGACGUGCCAAUUAUUCUGCCAGCAUACUAAUACCUCCCCAGACUCUGUCAGAGUCAUCUUUGCAAGUGACAGUUGGACCAAAGGAGCGCCCCCAUUCCGCACUCACUCAAGGGAUAGACGUAACACACACAGAUAGAAGCGAAGAUGCGAAAACAUUAAUAGCGAGCAACACAAAUGGUUCUGGAAGUGCAGAUGGAGACAGGGACCGUGAUUUUUCAGGAAAUUCUGGAUGCCAACAGCAUUCGCCGACGAAUCUGCUACCACCCUUCGGCAGUCCAGGCGCUGCAUCAAACUCUGUUCUGGACCCCGUUGGCCCGAAGCUAGCCUCUCGGGGCUGUGCGCAUGGUAAUCUGGUCAUAAACCAUAUGCGGACGUUAAACAUGGAAAAUACCAGUACCCUGGAUAUCGCGGAAGAAGCAAUCCGGCACCAGGGUAGCGAUGACUCGCUUCUGCAGGGCCUCACUCGCGGUAAUACACCCCGAGAGGUAGCUGCCAUCUCAGCGCAGCACAAAUCUGCAGCAGCAUCCUCUACCAGCAGCGCUGGAAGGGCCUUCGCCCGCUCGGGACACGCCGACCUUCCUUUGCAUAUGUGGUCCCCGUCCCAACGAUCCGCACCCCUAAUAUCGCACGGUAGCCGCACGCAGUCAGUAUCCUCAUCGCCAAUUCGGGCACAUGCUCUCACACAGAAAUUGGGGCAUAGUCUCUCAAAAUCACUAUUAAACAUUAGAUGGGAUCAGAGGGAAUCUAUUGAGAGACUAGCCCCGCCGCGAGGCCAAUUGGCCGACCUGCGCUACGUUCACCAUCUCCAAGGCAAAUAUUCACCCUCACGUUCGACUAAUACCUGCAGCAGCGCAGAACGGAAACAUUUCCUGACAGUGAAAUCGGCUUUUAACUAG